AUGUACUACUGUUGGGGCGACAACUCCUUUGGCCAGCUGGGCAUCGAGGCAGAGCAGAGGGACAAGGCUGGGCUGGUGAGAUGCCGGCCGGGAGCCAGCCUAGGCAGUGAGCGCUUAGUGCAGGCAGCUUGUGGGGAGCAUCACUCGCUGCUGCUGCUGUCCGACGGCACCGUCUGGUCCUGCGGGAGCAACGUCUGUGGGCAGCUGGGCAGGAAGAACAUCCAGAAAUGUACGAGGCCAGCACAAAUACAGGCACUGGAAACUCAGGCAGUUGUUUUGGUCAGCUGUGGAAAAGAGCACUCCUUGGCCGUUUGCAAAACAGGAGAGGUCUUCUCAUGGGGAUCUGAUUCUGAAGGACAGUUGGGCAUUCGUAAACUUAAGAAACAAAGUUUUCUACCAAAGAAAAUUCAGGAUCUUUCCAGUGUCAAAAUAAUACAAGUUUCUUGUGGAUAUUAUCAUUCCAUAGCAUUGGCACAAGAUGGUAAAGUGUUUUCAUGGGGAAAGAACAGUCACGGUCAACUGGGCCUAGGAGAAAAUUUCCCCUCCCAAUCCAGACCACAGUGGGUGAAAUCUCUUAAUGGCAUUCCUCUGGCUCAGGUUUCAGCAGGAGGGGAUCACAGCUUUGCCCUCUCUCUCUCUGGUACAUCAUAUGGCUGGGGAAAGAACAAUGAAGGCCAGCUGGCCCUCAGUGGCAAGAAUGUACCAGAGCAAAUCUAUAAACCUUGUUCUAUUGGUAAACUGAAGAGUCUUCAUGUGACAUACAUCAGCUGUGGGGAUGCACAUACAGCUGUCCUCACCAAGGAUGGUAAAGUGUUCACAUUUGGAAGCAAUAACUCCGGACAACUGGGAUGUAAACAGGUUUCUAAGGAGAAGGGUCCUCAGAUUGUGGAUUCAGCUCAUCUGUUUUCUCAAAUAGCCUGUGGAAGUCGUCACACUCUUGCAUAUGCUUGUACCACUGGCCAAGUGGUAUCUUUUGGUUGUGGAUCUCAAAGUCAACUGAACAGCCUUUUGCAACCAGGCAGCCCGAAACGGAACUUCAAUAUUAGCAACCUGAUUUCCACGAGUGACUUUACAGAUGUUCAAGUGAAAGACAUAUUUGCUGGAGCAGAUGCCAAUUUUGUGACCACUCUCCAGUCAAAGGAUGUUAGUUCUUCAUGUGCCACUGGAAGAAGCCUCCAGCAAAUCAGCCAGAUAAACCAAACCCUGAUUAAUAAAUGGACCACCGUGGAAAAUGGAAGUGAAGAAUAUGAGGAGUCAAAAAGGGAAAUUCAUGAGAUAUUUUCAAAUCUUGCUUGUCUGACUGCCAGUUUUUUGAAGAAAAGAACUGAUGAUGCUAUGCCAAUUGAUGUUGACUUACAAAUGGCAAGAGAUGUCUUUGGGAAAUUAACGCAGAAGGACUGGAUUACAAACAUGAUAACUACAUGUCUCAGAGAUUAUAUGCUCAAAUACCUUCCAUGGGAUUCUCCACAUCAGGAAGCUUUAUCAAUUUUCCUUCUACUCCCAGAAUGUCCUGUAAUGCAUACACUUGAGAACUUGGAGUCUCUAGUGGUCCCAUUUGCAAAAGCUGUUUUUAAAGUGAAUGACCAGUCUUCAGAAGUCCUGGAGAAAUGUUGGGAAUCAUUGGAGGAAUCUUCUUUCAACUCAUUGAUUCAGAUGCUCAAAAAAACCAUCGUCUGUCAGAUGGAUUUUUGGCUUGAUGUAGUUGAGGACAAUGAUAAUAUCAAAGCUCUCCUUGGAAUGCUGAAAAAGCUUCACAGGGUAAAUAAGAAGGCUAAGUAUAAAGUUCCGGAGAGUACAUUCUACAUCAGUGAACUCCACUAUUGGCCUCAUUUUUAUCGAGAUCUAGAAAGAUGGUAUUUUUGGAAAAAGCAUCCUAAGUCUUCAGAUGAAACUAACAUUCCUGUCACAUUUGCGGACUUUCCUUUUGUCUUUGAUCUACCUUCCAAAACUAAAAUGCUGAGUUUAAAUCGGCAGGUUAUAACAAUUAUGACGGAAUCUCAUUCCGUCAUAAAUCGUUUAUAUGGAUUAGCCACAAUGAGUGCGGUUCAUCUCAAUGUCAGACGGAGUCACCUGGUUGAGGAUACCCUUUGUCAAUUAAGCAAAGUUGUGGACAAUGACCUUAAGAAGGAAUUAAAGAUCUCAAUAAUUGGAGAAACUCCUCCUGAAGGUGGAGGAGUCAGGAAAGAAUUUUUCCAUUGUCUGUUUAAGGAGAUGAUCCAACCAGAAUAUGAAAUGUUUAUGUAUUCUGAAAACUCUUCCCUAAUGUGGUUUCCUACCAAUCCUAAAUUCCCCAAGAAAAGUUAUUUUCUCUUUGGAGUACUGUAUGGCCUCUCCAUAGUCAGUUGCAAUGUAGCCAACCUUCCUUUUCCACUAGCUCUCUAUAAGAAACUUUUGGAUCAAAAACCCUCACUGGAAGAUUUGCAAGAGUUGAGUCCUGAAUUGGGCAACAAUUUGAAGUUACUUCUAGAUGAAAAUGCCGAUGAUAUAGAAGAAUUUGACCUACGUUUUUCUAUAUACUGGGACAAAAGAGAUGUUGACCUAAUUCCAAAUGGAAGCUCCAUCCUUGUAGAUAAAACCAACAAGGAAGAUUUUGUUUCCAGAUGUAUUGAUUAUGUCUUUAACACGUCUGUGAAAAAGAUUUAUAAGGCGUUCCAAACGGGAUUUUACAAAGUCUGUAUAAAAGAGAUACUCAGUUUUUUCAAUCCUGAGGAGCUUAAGGCAGCGACAACUGGAAACCUAGAUUAUGACUGGAAAAGUUUUGAAGAGAAUUCACAGUAUUUUGGUGGAUAUGAUGAGUCACAUCCUACCAUUGUGAUGUUUUGGGAUGCUUUCCAUAGAUUGUCUCUGGAAAAGAAGAAAGAAUUCCUCGUGUUUCUUACAGGAAAUGACAGAUUUCAAGCCCACGAAAUAGAGGAUUUGGGAAUAAAUUUUGUAUAUCCUGAACUUUCAAGGGAAGAUGACCCUCCAAAAGCACAAACCUGUUUUCAUCGUCUAUUCCUCCCACCAUAUUCUACGAUGGAAAAAGUGGAAAAAGCCCUUCAAAUAGCCAUCAAUAACAACAGAAGAUUUAUGGGUUAGCCAUCAUUCAAACAUUUGAAAAAAAAAGACAUUGGGACUGAAAAUAUACAGUAAAAUGACCAUGCUGCUAGUUCAAUAUAUGUAUGACUUUUCUAAAAAGUGAAAUCCUAAGAAUGAUGCAAAAGUAUUGUAGCUUGCUGCAUUCUAAUUAUUAGUGAGUCUUUAGCAUUUAAUGCAAUGCUUUUGAUUCAGUAAGUACUUAUCAUGGUACUCAUGGCUGUUGAAUAAAAUGAAUGAAUGAAUAAGAUGAGAUAAGAUGAUAGCAACAUAAAUAAGAACUUAUUCAGGGAAGGACCAGCUCAGCAGAGAAGGCAAAGAGUGGAGCCAGAAGGAGUAUUCAGAAGACAGAGAGGCUGGAUGGAAGAGUGAAAAGUUCUUAGAACCUUGGUUGUGUGAAGGACACAGUACUGGAAGUAAAUUCAUGUAGGGUGGCAAGGAGGUAAUCCUAUUUUUGUUUUGUGCACAAAAUUACCUUUUAGGUGUUAACUUUUUGUUUGCCUUUUAAAUUUGAUUUAAAAACCAUAUCCUCCAUAAGAAAAGUAUAGGAAUUCCUCUUCUGCUCUCCCCCAGAAGUUUCUUCCUAGACUCUUCUCUGCUUUUCCCUGCAUGUCCUUGAGCAGAGCUCAUUUACUAUAUUUGCCAACAUAGUAAUUGCUUCUAAUGACCAUUGUACAAAAUUACUUAUGUUAGUCUCUGUCUUUCUCCAGUCUUUUCAUUAAUAGGAUUCCCUGCUCUGAAAUUGGAUUGGAUAAAACAUAGGCCCACAGACAGGGUUGGUUUUUCUCCCCAAAAAGUUUUCUCUACAAUGUCAAGGCAACUGUAACGUAGCAUAAAGAAUAUGGUGGUUAAGUGUGCUAGGGUCCAGUCUUGGCUUUGUCACCUGGCUUUGUGACCUUUUAGUACCUUUGGGUUGUUUCCUCAUUAUAACUCUACUCAGCUAGGUGGUGCAGAGCAUAGUGCUGGGCCUGGAGUCAGGAAGAUUAUCUUUCUGAGUUCAA